AUAACACUUUUCAGGCAUUGAGCAUUGAUUGUGAUUGAUUGAGUUUGAGUUGAUCUAGAAUUUCUAGAUCUAGAGUCUAGACGAGUCUAGAUAGAUCUAUAUAGAUUUAAAUUUUGAGUGAGUCUGGAGUCCACCACAGAUGUCAGAUGAUCUCUUGUGACUAGUCGUGUCUUGCAUCUCUUUACCAGGGCAGAGUACCAAGGGACUGGAAAGAAGCUAAUGUCAACCCCCUAUUUAAAAAAGGAGAAAAAUCUGACCCAGGAAACUACGGACCAGUAUCACUUACCAGCAUCACAUAAUUUUUCAUUGAUCAUGGAGCAUACAAAAUCUGGUCACCGUAUACUAAUGACUCCUGAAGACAUCAUUUCUAUUAAGGCUGAUGUAAUAGUCAGUUCCAUCCACCCAAGUAAGAAUCUGUCCAAUGGGUUUUUGUCUCGUCACAUUAGCACCAAUGGAGGCCCAGAAAUAUGCAAAGAAGUAUUAAAAGAUUCAUCAGAUUUAAUCUAUGGACAGAUUUUGCAGACAUCACCUGGUAAGCUGACAUCAAAAUGCAUUCUGUUUGUUUGCCUUGCAGAAUGGAAUGGAGAAAACGAAGAGGCUCUUCGUCAAAGUGUGUAUGAAUGUUUGAAAAAGGCUAAUGAUAGCAGCUUUACAAGUAUAGCCUUCCCUGCUCUUGGCAUGGGAGGUUUAAAGUACAAGCCAUUUAUAUGUGCCACUUCAAUGUUGACAGCUAUUGUCCAGUACUUUGAUGACUGUCCAGAAUCAUCAUUAGAAGCAGUUCACAUUGCAGUUCAAAAUAAGGAUCCUAUACUUGUUCAGACAUUUAUUGACACUUGCUGUGCUUUUAUUAUGCAAACAAUAGAAGCAGAAGAUACUGAACUAAAUGUGAAUGGCCUGGACAAAUUUGAAAAUCUACCUACGAAGGAAGCUGAACCCAAGCCUCUCCCCUCUAACAAGGCCCCUCCUGAUAAGUCAACACACUCUGUUCAAGCAGGUGCUUCUGCUUUGCCUGUUCAAAUCGCUUCGAUGGUGUCUUCAAUGCUUCCAACCAAAGGGAUCAGAUUGGGCUGUGCCAGAAAUUCAACAUCACCAAUCGCCUUCAUAAUAGAGCCUGGAUUUAAUCUUUCUGACAAGUCAUUCACUUUAAAAGCAGAGAUACGACUGAGCCUUCCAAAACUGUUUGCAAGAUUUUUCAAAAAGUAGAAGACUCAAUAUUUGAAUUAAAACAAAAAUUCAUAACAAAUUGAAAUUUUAAAUUAAAAAAAAAUAAUGAUGGCUUAAAAAAAUUAAAAAAAAAUAGCACUUGUCCAAAUUUUUUAUGUUACAUAUAAUAUGAAAAUGGACAUAUCAAAAUGGACAUAUCAAAAUGGACAUAUAAUAUAGCUGUUUACUUAUUCAGAGCUUGGUGAGAAAACUAAAAAAUUCAACAUACACAUUUUUUUUUCUCUGUAUAAGAAAUAUUCUGCCUGAAAUAUUUCUUCUGUCAACCCAAGAAUGUCCCUCAAAGUUUUUUUUCUCUCAAUUUUUUUUAAACCUAACAACUCAUUACCAACACAAUGUACAGUUGUUAACUGGUAAUUUAUCAGUAUUACUCAAUAUUUAAAUCUUUGAUUCACAGAGGUACAAGGUAUUUUGAUCUCAGGGUGUAGAGUUUGUAACUGUUAAUUGAUCAGUAUUUCUCAAUAUUAAAAUCUUCCAUUCACAGGUGUACGAGGUAAUUUGAUCUCAUGGUGUAGAGUUUGUAACUUGUAAUUGAUCAGUAUUACUCAAUAUUUAAAUCUUCCAUUCACAGGGGUACAAGGUUAUUUGAUCUCAGGUUGUAGAGUUUGUAGUUUCCAUGUUCUCCCUCCUCAGGCCACACCAUCUCAUUGACCUGUCUCAAAAGUUUCUAAAAUAGUAUCCCUAAAACCGAAUCCUAUUUGAUCUCAGGUUGUAGAGUUUGUAGUUUCCAUGCUCUCCCUCCUCAGGCCACACCAUCUCAUUGCCCUGUCUCAAAAGUUUCUAAAAUUUUAUCCCUAAAACCGAAUCCUAUUUAAUCUCUUUCCUAUCACUAAUUAUAUUGCUGGUGACAGUAAGUGUGUUUGUUUUGAGUGACUAGCAGUGUAUUGUGUGGGACAGUGUAUGGACAAAUAAAUUGACCUUUAUUGCUAGUAUUUGGUUGAAAGAGAUGUUAAUAAAGUGUGUUAUGUAGGACUGAUGUAGAAGUGGGUCAGUGCUGAAUGAGGCUAAGCGUUACUGAUCGAGGUCGAAUGUGGUUCAAGUUUAUUGUUGAUAGUCAUUAAGUCUAUUUUUUUUUUGGUGUCGGCUAGAUUUCUAAUACAUAUAAAAAUGUUUUACUUCUUAAAAUCUUAAUUUGUCUCUUUCAAAGGAUAAGUUUGAAUGCAGGCAACCUCAAGUCAUUAUGGACUAUUAAAUUUGUAUAUCUCUCUCUAUAUAUUUAUAUAUUUUAUUUUUGUUUACAAUAGGUUAAACCAGUGAUGGCCAAAAUACAGCCCAUCCGGCCCGCAACAUGGUUCCAUCCCCCCACCAAAAGAAUAAUAAAUUGAAAAACAUAUCUUUACCUUUGAGAGGGGCUUCAUUUUUUAAUUGAUAGAUUGGUACCGUGACCUUUAACAGUUGGACUUUUGAGACAUGGGACUCAGAAUGUAGGACCAGGAAAAGUGAACGGAUCUUUAUUUUUUUGUGGAACAUAAUGAUAGGCCAAUAUGUUCGUUUUAUAAAGAAAAUGUAGUUAGUUGAAAAACAACAUAAAAACGGAAUUAUGAAACAAAUAUGGCGGUAUUCUUGGUUUCAGCUAUGCUUAGAGAUUGGAGAAUCCAUGAAAAUAUUUACCAAAAAAGAGACCAGAAAAUGAGCCCAUGGUAAUGCUGGCUACAAUGUUGCUCACAUUUUAAGUAAAGAAUUGAAGCCAUUUUCCGACGCGUAAAAAAAAGGUAAACUUUAAAUAUUUAAUUAAUUAUAGUAAAUGCUAGAUCACUUCGGGUUUCUAUUAAAAUAGUUUUGAGUCAAUUUUAUUUCAUUUUUGUACCUUUUCUUGAUGUGGCCUGCCACGCUAUUGCUAGAAAUUAAAAUGGCCCGCAAUUCGAAUUAGGUUGGGCAUAAUUGGGUUAUACCAAGAGUAUUAGGGUUAGGGGCAAGAGUUUGUAUAAUGAUAUUGUAAAGAAUCUCUCUAUCCAGGCUCAAAACAACAACUACUCAAAGAAGUUGACAACUCAAAGCUCCAAAAUAAUGUAACACUUAAAUGUCUAAUAAAUCACAGCCAAUACUGUACAACUCUCAAGUAACACUGACUGUUUAAAUGCUUCACCAUAGAUAACAAUACUGCCGUAUACAUUCCGUACUGCUGUGACAAAUGUUUCUAGCCUCUCUGUCUUGUCGUGGACUUGCACUGGGUUCAUCUGUUUAGGACUGACUUCAAACUGGACUCUGCACCAGACUGGGUCUUGACUCUGAAUCCAAACCAUACCUUCUCGACUGUGACACCUUUAUAUUGGGUCCCAGAAAGCCUUUUCAAGAGCAAUGGAAGAUUGCUAGUCUUUUCUCAAUAAUCAUCUGACUAUGAUGUGACUUUCCUGAAGCAUUGCCACUCGUCACGGUUGACCGCUUGUUUAGCGCUGGCUGGUGUUAUGUGUUUCAUCUGAUUACAUACACACAAUUAGCCCUCUCCCUAUCACCAGCAAAGUUAUAACAAUAUUUUACAUUUUGUGUAAAGAGAAAUUUAAUCUCUUCCAAGCAUCAAAAGUCUUUAAAAUUCUGAUAUUUCUAUUUAUUUUGUGUGCAAUCUGCUCCCUAAGUCAUUUUUAAAGUUUUCUUUUCUUUAUUGUUUAUUAGUAUGGGUUGUGACUUUUUAUUUUGAUUCAUUUGAACUUUUAUCUAUGAACUACUGUGAACUACCUUGUUAGUAUAAAUAUUGACUUUCAUUUCUUUUUGUUAUUUAAUUCCUUUUUUUUUUUGUUCAUACUAAUUUUAAAACUUCAGAGUUUUAUUUUUUACAACCCUCAAGAUGGGAAAAGCUGCAAUUAGUAUUGUGUAGUAUCUUUGUCCAGCUGUCAGUUCAGAUCUCACAAAUUGAAAACGCUGUUAAAAAUCCAAUUUCACCAUAUUUUGUAGCAUUCUAAAAGUAGCCUCAACAGCUACUUCUGGUAUUCUGAAGAGGAACACCCUUUUUUUUUUAAAAUUAAAUACGCUAACAUUUUUUUAUACAAUAUUUUUUAAAACAAUACUUAAAAGAUUUGAUUUGUAUAGUAUUAACAACUAAUAGUAAUGAAUGGGUUUAUCAAAAGAAGGUGAAUUUUUUUUUGUAACAUUUAUUUAUGUAUAAAAUUAUACUUAUGGUCUACUGAAAAUGCUUUUUUUUUUAAAAAUGUAGAAUGUGCAUUGUGUGCAUAUAAAAAUGCAUAUUUUUUUAAAAGUCACAAGUUUUAAACACUUCCUAACACAGUGUUUACACCAAAAUGUCCAAAAUUUCUUUUUGUCUACAUGUAGAAAAUCCUGUUACGAACUCAUGGAUAUGAGUGAUCGCAGGCAGUGAUGUUUAAAAUGUACAAUUUGUAUGGGGAAGAUAGCAUUGUGUUAUUGAUAGUUUGUAGUUUAUUAUAUAUGAACUUUUCCUAAAUUUUUAAAACUCAAACUUACCAAACAGCUGAUGCAUGGUUGUGCCUAUGAAUUAGUUUCAAAAUCAACCUUUGUUAUUUCUUCUUUUGCUAUGUUCACUCCAAGGAAAUUGUACUUUGCCAUACAAGUGUAGUUUUAUGCCUACAUGCUUAGACUUAAAGACUUUUAACAAAAUAUUAUGUAGUAUACCUAAAUACAACAUAUGUUUGUAUAAUUAUAGUUAUAGUUAUGUCAAAAGAUUUGUUGUAAACUAAAAUAAAAUAGUAUUGGUAGUUCAAAUGUAUUAGUUACUUACUUCUGUCUUCUGAAGUUUAGCCAAGAUGGAACUUUUUUUUUUUAGGUUUCGUCAAGGAUUUGAAAAAUAUUUUUUUAAUGUUAAUUUUAUGUUAAUUCUAGUGCUCUUUCUGAAAACAUUGAAACCUGCCUUUUUACCUGCGUGGGUAGACCACUUCGGAGUCCGAUUUUAAGUUACGUGUGUUUCCAAACAAACUGCCUUUGUAACCAUAUUUAAAUUUAAAAAGCUUGAUUUAAAACUGGGAGUGAAGAAUGUUUUAUAUUUUGAAUGUCAAUAUGUUAAACUUUACUUUAUAGACCACAUGCAUUUUUGUACCACAAACCCACACCCUGAAACUGCCCUUCUACCUACAAUGUGAUAAUUGCUAAAAAAUAAUUUUAAUUUUUCAUAAACUGUUUAUGGUUGCUAAAGAGUAUUUAAAAGAAUCACAAACACUUCA